AUGACCUCUGAAAAGCAGACUACAAGAACUUCAGUUCGUUACAAAGUGUUGGGUCGACGACCAUUGGCGCUUCAAGUACAGAAGAAAUCGCCUGCUACUUUUUUCUUGAGCAGAUUGUCCGGAAGAGGCAAACGAGCUCGGAAAUUACAAGUGCGAUCAGUCUUGCCCGAGAUUACGGUGCGUUACGGUGUGUGUUGUGGGAAACAAGAUCUGCGACAACUCAACUGCCAACUACUUGGGAUUCGGCACGGACUUUACUUGAAACCCAACGACCGGUGUUUUUGUCGUACGCAUGUGGUGAUAUCUAGUCCCCUGGCCAAGGAAAUCUCGCGAACGCUCAAAGAGCCGCGAUUCCAGUAG